AUGGGUGGGCUUCCCCCUUCUCGAAGGCCUGUUCCUCCAGGACCUCCACCAACAGUACCCCCGCCUUUGCCGCAGUUGGAUGAGACUGAGGCCCAAAGCAAUGAUUUAAAUAUCCAUGGCACAAGCAAGGCGUCGCUUACGACAAGACAUAAUAAAUGCAAGGAGAGAUCGGUUGGUCGUAUCCCUGGGAACUCUGGAGGUCCAGUUCGUUUACCCAUGGCAGCUCUUAGGUCUCGUCACAUUACUACUGAACGAAUUUUAUUAAGAGAAGGACUCCGAAGGGAGAGAAGAGAUCGUUACAGGCAAAUUCUGCAGAGAAUGGCUGACCGCCUGAACAGUCUUGUAAACCAAGAACAAGAACAGCAGCAGCAGAGGCAGCAGGAAAGGCAUCAGUCCUCAGACUCUGCGGAGGGAGAGCAAGAUAGUUCUAGCAGUUCAAUGGAUAACCACAUGCAGAAUUUGCGGCUAUUAGUUCGAUGGCACUUAACCUUAUUUACCAACUUCUGAACUUCAUAUGCAACCAAAACAUAUCGUAUGAGGAACGUCCCAUUUCAAGACUCCCAAAUCCAUUCCGAGAUGAGGAAUUGGGUGCAAUUGGUGAGAGACAAAGAGGUGAUCUUCCCCCACCUAUGAGUUUGGAUUUAGAGCCUGGUCUUCAUAAUUUAACUACUCUUCUGGAAACUGUGCGUAUGGCUAGUGAAGAAUUAAGAAAUGAUGGAGUAGGAGGCAGUGCAGGAGAGCCUGCCCCACCACAGGAUAGCACAAGACCCAUAACAAAUGUUCCAAGACGGCUAACAGACUUCCUGAGACGAUCAGGA